AUUCAUUACUAAACAUGGGUGCAUUUUUGGAUAAACCCAAAACUGAAAAACAUAAUGCUCACGGUGCUGGGAAUGGUUUACGUUAUGGCCUCAGUAGCAUGCAAGGCUGGAGAGUGGAAAUGGAAGAUGCUCACACAGCUGUUGUAGGUAUUCCUCACGGCUUGGAAGACUGGUCAUUUUUUGCUGUUUAUGAUGGUCAUGCUGGAUCUCGAGUGGCAAAUUACUGUUCAACACAUUUAUUAGAACACAUCACUACCAAUGAAGACUUUCGGGCAGCUGGAAAAUCAGGAUCUGCUCUUGAACCUUCAGUGGAAAAUGUCAAGAAUGGUAUCAGAACUGGCUUUUUGAAAAUCGAUGAAUACAUGCGUAACUUUUCAGACCUCAGAAACGGGAUGUUCGGUUCAACUGCAGUGGGAGUUAUGAUUUCACCUAAGCACAUAUACUUUAUCAACUGUGGUGAUUCACGUGCCGUUCUGUAUAGGAAUGGACAAGUCUGCUUUUCUACCCAGGAUCACAAACCUUGCAAUCCAAGGGAAAAGGAGCGAAUCCAAAAUGCAGGAGGCAGUGUAAUGAUACAGCGUGUUAAUGGUUCAUUAGCAGUGUCUCGUGCUCUGGGGGACUAUGAUUACAAGUGUGUUGAUGGCAAGGGCCCAACAGAACAACUUGUUUCUCCAGAGCCUGAGGUUUAUGAAAUUUUAAGAGCAGAAGAGGAUGAAUUUAUCAUCUUGGCUUGUGAUGGGAUCUGGGAUGUUAUGAGUAAUGAGGAGCUCUGUGAAUUUGUUAAAUCUAGGCUUGAGGUAUCUGAUGACCUGGAAAAUGUGUGCAAUUGGGUAGUGGACACUUGUUUACAUAAGGGAAGUCGAGAUAACAUGAGUAUUGUACUAGUUUGCUUUUCAAAUGCCCCCAAGGUCUCAGAUGAAGCAGUGAAAAAAGAUUCAGAGUUGGAUAAGCACUUGGAAUCACGGGUUGAAGAAAUUAUGGAGAAGUGUGGUGAAGAAGGAAUGCCUGAUCUUGCCCAUGUUAUGCGCAUCUUAUCUGCUGAAAAUAUCCCAAAUUUGCCUCCUGGAGGAGGUCUUGCUGGCAAACGCAAUGUUAUUGAAGCUGUUUAUAGUAGACUGAAUCCACAUAGAGAAAGUGAUGGGGCCUCCGAUGAAGCAGAGGAAAGUGGAUCACAGGGAAAAUUGGUGGAAGCGCUCAGGCAAAUGAGAAUUAAUCAUAGGGGAAACUACCGACAACUUCUGGAGGAGAUGCUGACUAGUUACAGGCUAGCUAAAGUAGAGGGAGAAGAAAGCCCUGCAGACCCAGCUGCUCCAGCUACUUCUUCGAACAGUGAUGCUGGAAACCCAGUGACAAUGCAGGAAAGCCAUACUGAAUCAGAAAGUGGUCUUGCUGAAUUAGACAGCUCUCAUGAAGAUGCAGGGACAAAGAUGAGUGAUGAAAAAAUAUGACUUUCCUUUUUGGUAAUAUUUUUGUGAUCUUUGAUUUGAUGGUUUUUACUUAGGAAGUAUAAUGUAUGCAUUUAUAUAACCGUUUUGUUAUUUAAAUCUUGGAAAGCUAGUUUUAUUAUAUUCACAUAGCCUUGUUUUUUUUUUUUGAAAAGGCCUUUGCAUACACCUUUAUGAGAUAGUUUAAAAUUUACUACUUAUAGUACUUUGAAUUUAAUGAAAUUAUAUGUCAUUUCAUAUUGUAUGCCAGAAAUUAGGCUACCACUUAUUAAAGUCAGUAGUUAAAUACGUACUAGACAGGAUUAGAGAUUAUUGACUAGAGGGAUUAUAUUCUAUUGUGGAAAAACUUGUUAAUGUAGCAUUAUACUGCUUCAUAUUAUUUUAUAUAUUAGUACAUUCAUAGUUAGCUUUGUAAUAAAUUUGUGUUUUCUUUAAUAAUUUUAGUUCUUCAAAGAAUGGCUGAUGCUGGCUGUAAUUUUUCUUUCAAAGAUAAUUUGUGUGUUGUUUGAUUUGUUUAUAUUUUACAUCUCUGUAGUUUUGUUUUUAGAAGUUGUGAGAUAUUGGAUGUGUGGUUUUUUCCUUUCUCUGUAUUCUUUAUCAAACAUGAUUUUUGAAAAUCCUAUGUAUUAGUCAUACAUCUUUGGUUUGUAUCUUCUGUAUAGCCUAACUACACACAUCAAAAUGUAUGUCAACCAAGUGUUUAGAAUGAAAUUAUAAGUGUUUAAGUCCAAAUAAAGCAUGUGAUGUGGAAUAAUC